AUGGGGGUGGUCGUCGUCGCGGAGAAAGAAGUCGAGGAAGGUGCGGAGGAGGAGGAGGACGAAGCGGUGAAGAAGAAGAAGUCAAAAAAGGACGACGAGAACAACAGUUCUUCUUCUGAUGAAAAUCUAGUGCUUCUUGCGACGGCGACGAUCGCCGGCGGGAUCGUCGCUUUGAACGGCGGUCCCGAGGAAUCUUUGGAGAAGAUUCAGGGAUUCAUGCUCUCGUUUUGGAACGGGUUAAUUGGGAACCACGCGCCCGGCGUCGGCGGGUACAUCGAAGACGUGUACUUGGCGACGUUGUUUUUUGGCACCGCGUACGCGCUCUGGAGAUCUUCGGCUGUGCCGAGACCGAUCGGGAACCCGAUUCAGAGAAAAUCGAGAACUUUAGCGUCAACUUUGCACGUGUUUUCUGGCGCUGGUGCGUUAGCGGUCGCGUUGUAUGCGGUGGUUGUAGAGAGGGUGUUUAGGGAAAGCCCGGGGUGGACGUGGAUGUGGGUGACGUCGUCGUUGUUUUUGGUAAACUCGUUAUCGUACGGGCCUUUGAUGAACAUAUUUAAAGCGAGCAAAGAAGGGAAGUACGCCAUGCAGCUCGGGUAUUCGUUUGUCGCGUCGUUUCAAGGGGUGGUUUGGAUUGCCUGGUCGGCGCAACCAGACGCGCCGGAUUGGAUGUUUUGGGCGGUGAUGCCGUUUUGGUAUUUUUCCAUCGCCAAGUUGUGGGAGAGCACGGAGUUUUGUUUGGCGUUGGUUCCGGAGGUACCGAGAGACGUGAAGGAGGAAGAUAUGAGUUUCGGGAAUAAAUUGAAUAAAUUCAUCACGGCUGGAAGUCGCAAGAGGUUAGGGAAAAUGUCGCCAGACGCGGCGACGUUGACGUACGUCGGUUUGAACGCCGCCGCGGCGGUGUUCGAUAACUGCUACAUGGCAGUGUACACGUACUUGGGACCGGAACAGUUUUGGCACACGAGUCAACUCUUUAACGAUAGUGAUUUUCAUUUGCGUUUGGUAAAAGGUACGACUGGGUCUUUAACCGUCGCGUUGUUGAUUUUCAUCUCGACGUUAGGGUGGAGGAAACAGAUGCCGAUGAAAUACGCGAUUUGGUUGAACGUGGCGUUAGGAAGCGUCGGCCCGUGGAUCGUUUUGUUUUGGCACAAACUGCUAGAUCCGUCGGAAAUGUGGUUCCCGCAAUUCGUGUUUGACCCUGAGUUUGCGUAUCACGCGUAUAUUCCGAGCUUGUUUGGCCAAUAG